AACGAACGGGAAUUGUUCGAAGCUUGUCGCAACGGCGAUAUCGCCAAGAUUCGCAGGCUCAUCACAUCCCGGAAUGUCAACGCGAGGGACACCAGCGGUCGCAAAAGCACGCCUCUACAUUUUGCGGCCGGCUUCGGCCGGAAAGACGUAGUUGAGCACCUGCUCCAACAUGGUGCGAACGUGCAUGCCAAGGACGACGGAGGCCUAGUUCCCUUGCACAACGCCUGCUCAUUCGGCCAUGCCGAAGUCGUUCAAUUGCUACUGAAGAAAGGCGCCGAUCCUAGUGCGAAAGACAACUGGAGUUACACACCUUUGCACGAAGCCGCUGCAAAGGGAAAAACCGAUGUUUGUCUGGUGCUGCUGCAGAACGGAGCGGACCCCACUGCCGAGAACUCCGAUGGGAAAACGCCGAUCGACUUAGCCGAUCCUUCAGCAGGAGCUGUGCUCCGCGGAGAGCACCGGAAAGACGAACUUCUCGAGGCGGCGCGAUCCGGGAACGAGGAGAAAUUGAUGUUUCUGAUGACGCCGCUCAACGUCAAUUGUCACGCGAGUGAUGGGAGGAAGUCCACGCCGCUUCACCUGGCUGCAGGUUAUAACCGUAUCCGUGUUGUUCAGCUCCUACUCGAGAAAGGAGCCGAUGUUCAUGCAAAGGAUAAAGGCGGUCUCGUGCCUCUGCACAACGCUUGCUCGUAUGGACACUAUGAGGUCACCGAGCUCCUCCUCCGUGCGGGAGCUGCCGUCAAUGCAAUGGAUCUGUGGCAAUUCACACCGUUGCACGAAGCAGCCUCGAAAUGUAGACUCGAUGUUUGUUCGUUGCUGCUAGCCCACGGAGCUGAUCCCACACUGCUGAACUGUCAUUCCAGGUCUGCUCUGUCGAUGGCGCCCACGCGGGAGAUUCAGCAGCAAUUGCUGUUGGAAUACAGAGGCAAUUGCUUCUUGGAAGCCUGUCGUAGCGGAGACUUGGCGAGAGUGAAAAAAUAUAUCGCCCAGGAGUUGAUAAACUUCAAAAGUUUUCUAAACGGGGACAGCGCACUACACUGCGCUGUAUCCGCGGCGGCGAACAAGAAGAAGAUUGUCGAGAUACUGAUCCGCAAGGGUGCGCACGUGAACGACAAGAACAAACAAAUGCUUUCUCCUCUGCACAUCGCUGCCGACCACACAUUCCUCGAUAUGAUCGAUCUGCUGUUGAAAAACGGCGCGAAAAUAAACGCUCUGGAUGGGAACGGGGAAAGCGCUCUACACAGAUGCGGUCGCAGCGGGAACUUAUCUGCGUGUCGAACUCUGCUCGCUUUGGGCAUAGAUGCACAAUUGGUGAACAGUAAGGGAGAAACUGCCGCACAAGUCGCCAAAGAUGAGGUGAGGAAGCUGCUGACCGAGCUCUCUGAGGACUCGAUAUCAGAAUAUCAGCUCCUCGAAGCUUCGAAAGCGGGCGACAUCGAUAUCGUGGAGGGAAUACUCAAUUUGAGACCUGAUUUAGUCAAUUGUCGAGACGUCGAUGGUCGCCAGUCGACGCCUCUGCAUUUCGCCGCGGGAUACAACAGGGUAUCGGUGGUGGAAUGCCUUCUCAAAACGGGCGCUGACGUGCACGCUAAAGACAAAGGAGGUUUGGUUCCUUUGCACAACGCCUGCUCCUACGGACACUACGAAGUCGCUCUGCUCUUAGUGAAGCACGGCGCUUACGUAAAUGUCACCGAUCUUUGGAAGUUCAGCCCGCUCCAUGAGGCGGCCGCAAAAGGAAAAUACGACAUUGUCAAACUACUCCUCAGUCACGGCGCUGAUCCAGCGAAGAAAAAUCGAGACGGACAUACUCCUUUGGAUCUCGUCAAGGAUGGAGACCAGGAUGUUUCCGACCUGCUGCUCGGGGACGCCGCCCUUCUCGACGCGUCAAAGAGAGGGGACGUGGUCAGAUUGGCGAAAUUGAUCUCUAGCGACAACAUCAACUGUAGAGAUACUCAGGGUCGGAAUUCUACGCCUCUACAUCUGGCCGCAGGUUACAACAAUCUGGAAGUCGCUGAAUUCCUCUUGGAGAAAGGAGCCGACGUCAACGCCCAAGACAAAGGAGGUCUCAUUCCUCUGCACAAUGCCUCGAGUUACGGACAUCUAGACAUCGCAGCCCUUUUAAUAAAAUUCGGCACUGUGGUCAACGCAGUGGAUCGUUGGGGCUUCACGCCUCUGCACGAGGCCGCCCAGAAAGGUCGUACCCAGCUUUGUUCACUUCUCCUCGCACAUGGAGCGAAUCCCCUCCUCCGGAACAAUGAGGGUCAGACUCCUUUGGACAUGGCGCAUGCCGAAGAUGUUCGAUGCCUCCUCAUGGACUCCUUGCCGAGUGCUUUGCCUCUGAACGCGGUUUCCACGAGAAUCCACUCGGGUUUAGACAGUCUGAAAGCUGAAGGUGCUUCUAGAGUAUCCUCGAACGCAACUCCAGCGAGCUCAGUCGUCGAUCUCGAUAUACCUCCGGCGAUUACCCUGCUGACCAUGCACAGACGCCAACAGAAUCACAAGGAGGGAUCGCCAGAAACCACGAACCUCAACAUAACGCUGUCGAAUCAACAAGUUUUACAACUGCUAGAACAAUUGAAUCUCAGUGAAUUGAAGCAGAUCUUCGAGGUAGAGCAGAUAACAGUUGACAUUCUGGCUGAAAUGGGUCACGACGAAUUGAAAGAAAUCGGCGUGUCAGCUUACGGACAUCGACAUAAAAUAAUCAAAGGUGUGGAGAAAAUGUUGACUGGAUCUUCGUCGGAGAACUUCAUGCCGCCGAACCAAUGUGGAACAGUUUUAAUGGAUCUAACGACAACCGAUAUCGAGUACGCGGCUGUGGCCAGCGAAAUGCAAGAGACUAUUCGAGAUCAUGUCGACGGAGGUCAAGCCGGUGGCGUUUUCUCCCGGUAUAAUAUCCUGAAAGUUCAAAAAGUUCGGAAUAGGAGACUUUUCAAAAAGUAUUGUCACAGACGGAAAGAAGUCGCGGAGGAAAAUCAUUCCAACGCCAACGAGAGGAUGCUUUUCCACGGAUCUCCCUUCGUCGCCGCCAUAGUUCAGAAAGGUUUCGACGAACGACUCUCCUACAUCGGUGGGAUGUUCGGUGCCGGCAUCUACUUCGCAGAGAACUCUUCGAAAAGUAAUCAGUACGUCUACGGCUAUUGUGGCGGCAGCGGAUGUCCCGCCCACAAAAACAGAAGCUGCUAUCAAUGUCCGCGUCAAAUGCUCAUGUGCAGGGUAACACUGGGGAAGGCUUUCCUCCAGUUCAGUGCGAUGAAAGUCGCUCACGCACCGCCGGGUCAUCACUCAGUGAUCGGGAAACCGAGUCUCGGAGGCUUGCAAUUCGCUGAAUAUGUCGUUUACCGCGGAGAACAGGCCUAUCCAGAGUAUCUCAUAACGUACCAAAUCGUCCCGAAGGAAAGCCAGUGUUGA